GGAUUUCUGAAUUUUAGAAACGGUGACGAAACACUGCUGCUGAGGAUAUUUCCAUUCCUUUUCCUUUUUUCACAAUUUCUCCCCAUCUAGCUUGAGUUCACAUUUGGAUUUUGAGAGAGAAAUUGAAAGCCAUUUACUCCUGUAAUAAUGAGGAAUUUGGGCUUCUUGUUCAUGCUGUUGUUGAUUGGAGCAGCUGCUUCUUUGUACCUUAGUUUUCCCAGCAAAGAAAAAACUAUCAUUGAUCCAGGUAUUGUUUCAAUAGGCAGCAUGAAUGUCAUGGCUUUGACGACGAAAAGAAGGAAGGUCAAGCAGCAAGGCAUAGAUCAUCCUAGCAAAGUGGCAGACGUUGAGGGCAGUGCUCAUUUGGAAGACUACCACCCUAUUGAUCCAACUCCAAGCUCAACAGCUUCUAUAAGACACGGUCCUAUCCAGCACGGCACUCCUCUGAUGCCCUACAUCCCGGAGCCUUCUCCUCCUCCCAGUGAAACGAAGGACGGUGAGUUUCCUUAAGUGACUAUGUCCUCUAUAGAUGAAGGAUAAUUAGGCAUGCUAUAAGUUUGGUAUUACACUUUGAUGCGGAUGCUUAUCAUCUCGUAGGAAUCCUUGUACAGGGCACAUCUGUUUCACACUAAUAUGUGUAACAGUGACCAUCUUUUAGAUCCUCUGUACUGAACAAUGUUUCACCCAUCUUGACAUGAAUAUAUUAUAUAGUAGUACUAC